GACGAGGAAACACGUAUCGGACGAUCGUUUGAAGUUAGUGAAAAAACGCGCGCGCUUCAGUUUUGUACCAAAUUCUUGAUUUGACGAUGUUCCGGCACAUUAUGCAUUAGUGGUCAAACCCAUGCUGGUACCGUUUUAUCAACGACCCAAAGAAUAACAUUGUGAAGGAUUUAAUUCCCGUCGUAUCAUUCACCAGCGCAACAAGUGGUUGAAACAAAGGACGACCCGAGUCGUUGGUUCCCAUUCGCAAGGCAGUUUGUUUAAAUGCCCGACCUGUAGUGAACUGUGCGGCGAUUUAACAAUUGGUUUCUAUUUGGAAGGGGUCAAGCGGCUCCGUGGAUUGCAUCGCACGCUUUCUCAAUCGUUGUUCAAUGGUGUCCUUCGUUCGUAGAUAGGCUGUUCUUGUCCUGUUGUUGUGGUUGUUUGGUUUUUCUGUCCGUGCCGGAAUUUAGCGUCCCCCGGUGUCUGGCAAGACUUGCUCGGUUGUUCGGUGGUGGUGGAGGUAGUUUGUUUCUUUCAUUCGUCGUUUGUUUGCCUCCACACAUCUUCGACUGCUUCCUUCAAGGACUUCUCAACGAUUCAUGGCGACAUACCUCCGGCAAGGAGUGAAAGAAUCCAAAAGGAAACGCGCCGACAAACUGCACGUCGCAGAAAACAACAAGCCAUACGGAACUGGAGAACUUGCGCUAACGGGAGGCAAAGAUCACAUUGCGGUACGAACGCGUUUGCUAACGAAUCCUUCCGUUCUCGAUACGCUCGAUUCCGUUCAUCGGUCGCUGCUGUUGAACAAUCUCCAGUUUGAGCCCGAUGAACGACACGCUCUAAUUGAACGAAGUUCUUCCAACACCAGCCACGGGUCAACCACAACCGAUGAGCUAUUGAGCAACGCGGAAGAACCACUCGAGUCUCGAGCGGCCACUAGACAACAUCUGACACUGGACCAGAACGACCAACGACGCCACGGGAAGGUAAAUAUUGCAACAGCUUCGGCCUGGCCGACGAGCGAUCGUGGCUCGUGUGGCGUUCGUGUCGGAAGCCCAGCGGUAGUACGAAACCAUGACGCCACAGUGACCGAGGAGCCGUCCGAUGAGGACUGGAACAACAAUCUCAGCGGUAGCAGUCGGGUGAAGAUGAUGGUUCAACAGUUCGAGAAGGCGAAGGGAGCUGCUGGCAACGUCGAACCACCUCCUAGGACGCUGGAGUCGACGGUCGGGAGUCGGCUCUUUGCCGCCGGAAACGACCCGUGUGAUGUGGAAACGAGCGACUUUGAAAGUGCGAGUGUGACCAGCAGUGGGAGUAGCGCAGGAGGAGAUGGUGGGUGUCGAAGUGUGCGCACCAGCUCGGCGUUCAGCGAAGGCAGCCGUGAUGUGGCCAGUAUCGAGCGGUUCGACUUGGUGGCGGCGGAAACGCAAACGACUAACGACAUCAGCCAGCAGCAGCAGGAGGAAUUGGGUGGCCACAGCACGAUGAUUACCAUUAAUAUUAACUACCGAUGUGAUACUAAUCCUCUAAGGACGAGCAAAGGGGCUUCGGAAGCGGAAGCGGAGGAAAAGGCUGUUGAUAUCGUAGUGUCGGCGCCGGCCGAAGCGGUUGAUUUUAAACCGGUUUCCGGCGGGGAUCGGAGAUUUGCAUCCAAGGCAGCUCAUGCAGCAAAGACUGAAGCGGGUGAAUUGAUGGACAUGGAGGAGGCGGAACAAGGAAUCCUUUUUGGUGGCGGGUACGGGGGUGACGGCCACAAAGUAGAACAGUUGGAAAAAAGGAGUAGUAACUGUGGCCUGCACCAUAAGACUGAUCAUCAUGCCAAGCAUCGCCGCAGUUCGUUGGCAACUAAUCGUUCUUGUCAAACGCCGGAAAACGAAGAAUACCACGACUGUGAUGAGCUUCAUGAUUCGACGCUUUCCUUCUAUGAGCAAGCAACCUCGCAGCCUGUCACGCCUCAGGAUUCCGAGAAGAAGCGUAGAUCCGCCGACCGCAACUCUCCCAGCACAUCGUCUGAUGGCGAAAACGGCGAUGUUCUUGAUGGCGCUACCGAAGAGCCGAUGAUCAGAAUAGUCCAGGAGCUGUCGGAGGAUCACCAGGAGGUCUCAUCGUCGAUAACGUUGAACAAGGCACAAAUUAAGGAGAUGCAAAAGGCGAACGGCGGAGGUGUUGAGAUGCAAGACAUCGACGACGAAAAGCCCGAAAAGAGACGGAAGUCAAGAACGAGCGGUGGGAGCAUCGGCAGCAGCAAGAAACGCCACGAGAAGUCCAACUACCGGCAGCAGCGUAUCAUGGAUGACAAUUUUUGUAACGAAAUACUGGACUCCACGAUACACUUUGAUCGGCUGUACGGCAUUAAUCGGAGGAAGGGUGCUGAGGACGGUAAGGCCGCAUCAAAAUCACCGUCCCCACCGCUACGAUCCCGUCCGGAGGAGUGCUUCAGCGAUUUCAUAGUGUGCGACAUCGUCUCGCCCGGUGAUGAGUCCUUCGAUUCGGUCAUGUCCGUCGGCAAGUUGGAGGGAAAACCACGCUUUUCCGGCAAAACAAUGGGCCGGUUGAUGAUGAAGCGGUUGAAAAAGCUGCAGCACGCGACAUCGAAGGGGGGAAGUGGGCAAAGUGCGUCAUCCGAUGCAUCAACAACUAGUUCCUCGCUACAAACGAGCGGACCGAAGAAACCUCCCCGUACCUUUGCCAACUCGCCGAAGCGACCGUUACAGGUUGCGCCAUCCUGUCCUGCGCGCAGGGAAUUGGAAGACAGUGAUCCAUCGGUGCACGCAAUCGGUUGGAAGUUGGAUGGCAAACCAAAAUCCCAUCAGGUCGGGUGGACCGUCCCGACGGCCGAGGUGGUUGGUAUUGGGAAGAACCUUUCGAUUCCAGCGCAGGUUUACAGCAUGCUGCACUACUCGGAGGAUGAAAGUAGAAAGAGGUUGAUAAAGACGGGAAAUUCCAGGCCAGCGCCACAACAGUCUUCUGCGGGGAAGAGUGUACUGGCUUCAAAGCAUACGGUUAAAAGUGAUCCACUCGGUCCAAAGCUCGACAUUGACACGGUCGAUGGAGCAAUGACACCACCACCUCGCCGUCACUCGUCGUCGACGGAUUUCGAUCGGUUUGUGCGCGAAUCGAACGUGAAAAGUACCCCCAACCGUAGAGGCGAACUGCAGCGGCCCGGUGGAGGCGGUACGGGAAGUGUCGCAACUCGUCGUCUGAUCGAACAGUUCCUCAACGAGGAGCGUCAAAGUAAUGCGGCCCACCGGAAACUGCCCGCGGAACGUAGACGUCGCACGACGGGUGGAAUAUUCGAACGUCGCCGUCAACAGCAGGAGAAUUUUUUAGACGAUGCCAGGCGCUCGAACCAUGAGCCACGGAGAAGAAAGGUGAAACGGGAAGCGGUCACGCAGCAAACACAACAGCUGCUCGUCGCCGAGAGUGAAUGUUGUCCUAUGGCGGCACGCCGAGCUGAAUCGCUGGCUCGCAACAACAGCAACAGCCACAGCGGUGCCAGUGUCGGUGGCAAAGUAGCGAAACGGCGCACCUUUCGCAAGGCGACCAUCCUGAAACGAACGCGCACACUGUUCGAGGCGUCGAAGAAGAAGAUAUGGUCGAUAAAAAAGUUUGAAACUCCGAAAAAGAUGAACACCGUAAGUAGCACCAACACGACCACUCCGUCCCAAUCGUAUGCCGGCCGCGAUCCGAACAUUAAUCGCAAUAGCUCGGUGAAGAAAAAGCAAAAUCUUCACCACAAACAUCUGGGCUUCACGCCGGAUCACUUGCGUUGCAAAUCGUGCUCGAACCCGAGGCCACAGCAUCCGGCGCUGGAGGAAGAUCGUUCAGCGUCGGACGAAGAGGAGGAUUUAGAGGAAGCGAUCGUUCCGCUUGCUCAUCGUGCGACGCAGCACGCCGUACCGCAGAGGGAAUCUGUUCCUACGGAGUCAAAUAAAGAAAACGAUUUCGGUCGGGACAGACGAACGAAGGUGGAAACGAACCGCAAGUCGGCACGUAGUCUAAACUUUGCCGGCGCCCGCCCGACGCAAUCUUCACCGGGGCGGAGAAAGGAGGAGGACGACAAAAUGUCCCCACGCAAGAGUGGCAUACAGUUGUUGAAUGAAAAACUGAAAACGUUGCGUAAACUCUCACCUAAAAAGAUGUUCCGUUUUGCUUCACAGUCUUCUACGGCCAGCUCACGGGAGCAUGGUCCGGUUGCGGAUCAAGAAAACCACAGCCAUGGAGAUUUCCACUCGUUUGACGAUUUAAACGUGAGCAACGUGGCGCAUAUGGGCGAUUUUCUGAGCAAUAUUCGACACAUGGUGGAUGGUGGUGACAGUGGCACGCAGGAAAGUUACGGCCGGCGGACGAUCCAUGGGAGGCAAGUGGACGUGCACGCUCCCGAAGAGGACGAUGAACCGAUCUAUCAGGAGAUUUCCCCGAAGGGAGUCAAAACGGUCCUGAACGAGUUCAUCAGCGCCGAAACGAACAAACGGUACUUGAUGGUGAACAACAAUCCGAACAUACUUUACGCGACGGUAAGCAAGACGAAGGGCACCCGGGAGCGUCCGGGGCUCGCGGUGAUGAGGGCACGAUCACUGACAAACGUCGCUUCGGUGGGCGUUGCGGCGGAUCCAAUCGUAACGUCCACACCGGUAAGCAAGCAGCAAAACAAUACCAGCAAAAGUCAGAUGAAACCUUCUAACCGGCGGGGUGCAAUCCUUUUCUCCGAUGAUUAUGAUGAUGAUGAUCAUGAUAACCAUAAUCAUCGUUGUGCUCGUGAAGGUAGUAGUGAUCAGCGUAUGGCUACGGGAGACACCGAGCCGGAUAGCUACCUCUACAAAACGGCCGUGGCCGAAAGUAGCUGUCACUGUCCAGGUCGACACUAUCCCGAGCGAACGGCAAGACAAACCGUCACCGCUGUAACCGCCGCCAGUUCAUCCACCCGGCGAUCACUGUUUAGCCAGGGUUCAUCGCUGCGAUCGACGAGGGAGCAGACGGAUCAAUCACGCCUGUCAACUGAUGAUAGUGAUAUUUCGGUUUUGCAGGACGAAGAGCAGGGGUACAGCGACGUAACGGGUUCGGAAGUGGGGCCGGCAGUCGUAGCGGAGCCACCAAUCGUGCGGGAACGGGUCGAAGAUCGCUUGAUGGAGGGUUUUACCGUGCGCAGAAUUGAACACGAACGUUUCCAACAGAAAGCAGCACCAACUGCCAGGGAGGACGGGUACGGGCGGGGACAGAACAGUGAGGAUAAUUAUUCGUUUGAAAAGGAUAUCAUAGUUGAAGAACGUAAAGACCAGGGACCAUCGGGGAGCUCGGAAAGUAAAGCACGUCCCAUUCCGCCGCUUCGGAAUAAGAAGAAUAACAACUUUGGAGCUGCACCACUCGGAUGCUUCGAUACGGACAGUGAGAUCGAAUCACUUCGACGGUACGACGAUAGGGAAAUAGAGGAGUUGGUCGUUUCAUUGCACAACAACGUGACGCUCUCGGAUAUGGGAUCGCUCGAAACGGGUACGACGGCGUCAUCGGCAGCCAACGAUAUCGACAGGAUCGGCGGAUACGAUACGGUCGAUCUAGCGCCACCCGUGUCCCGCGUGUUUCGUUGCCCUCCGGAGAAGUUCGACCAUCGUCGCAAUCUAACCGUCGAUACCGUGGACGUGUCCGAGUUGAUCAGCCACCGCGGGGAGGGCGACACCUUCGCCACGUCGAACGUUUCUCCGAUCGGCGGUUCACCGUCCGGUAAGAAUUCUUCAUCCUCAACUGUGAUGCGAAACCUGAAGGACAAAUUGCGAUCCUCGUUUCGUAAGAGCAAAAGUUUCAUCAAAAGUGAACGCCAGCGUUUCGCCAACUACCUGCUAGAGGAUCGUUCGAGCAGCAAAGGAUCCGGUUCCUCUUCAUGUUCUUCGUCGUCUACAUCCAGCUCGCCCGGGAAGGGCGAGGGAAAGGUCAGACAGCCUGCUCAGCGUACUUCGGUGGCUGGAAGCGAUCCGGAUUCGGAUGGAAUGUAUCGUUCGGUAGCCGAUGGAAGCAGCAGUGCCAUCGUUUCAACCAACGGUGGUUCGAUGACGGAACUGAGCAACCAGUACAUGUCGGAGCUGAUCUUGCAGAUCAAACGGCAGGCGGAUGCCCGCAAGCAGCUGAAGCAAGCGGUAGCCAUUUGUCGAGGAACGCGCGAGUUUGAGUGCUCGCAGGAGUUGAUCGAGGCCGAACGGCUGCUACUGUUGGCCACUCUGAAGGAGACGGCGGCUCGCAAUGAGUUGAGCCGUAUCGAUUACGCGGCCAACGGGAUGACGCUGGCCAAGCGCAAACGUGUCGGUGUGGUGGCGCUUAAUCACUUUGAGUUCCCGCUAAAGGAAACGGCCAUCAGCGAUGCACUGUUCAACUACUUCUAUGUCGUCGUCUGUACGUACAAGGACCAGGUCAAAGGAACGGUGGCAAUGGAGCGACGCAGCGACGGGCGGGUGUACUUCCGCGAUUGCGAAAUUCGAUUCCACGACCUCGACGCGGACUACGAGAUUCGCGUGGAGGUAUUCGUUUUGCGGCUUCGGAAAAACAUGAAAAACUAUAGCUUCGAGAGCCGAUACCAUCUGGACAAGGAUUCGCAGAAACGCCCGCUCGGAUGUCCGUCACCAUCGAAGAAACUGCGCGAAGCUGGAAGGAUGCUCUCGUUCCGCUCUAGUUCUCCCAAAUCAUUCGAUUUCGACAAUGAGUUUUCCCGCUUUAAAUCGCAGGGUUUUCUCACGCUCACCUCUUUCACGCUGCUCACCAGCUCCUCGAGUGGCGGAGAACCGGCAGAACUAGGCGGAACGUUCGAUGCCACCUACGCCACGGCUCGUACCGCCGAAGUCCGGAGCGAGCAACCGACGGCAACGUUCCUGAGCGUGCCCGAUGAUGUGGCCGAACAGUCGUCGGUUCACGGCGCAUACUAUUCGGUAUCGAGUAACUUCCAGCAGCUGGUUCGGCGGCAGGGCAACGACAAUGUUUUCCUGGUGGAGGAUUUCAAGUACCUGACGCUCGACUCGAUGGCGUACACCUCGAACAUGGCCGGCACGAUCGGCAUGAGCGUCAACAGUGAGGUACGGUUCGAGAGUUCCGACGUUUGCGGGUUUUUGGACGUGGGCGCGAAGAGCGACGGCAGUGAGGUGAUCAGCUGGAACCGGCGCUGGUGCAAGGUGAAUGGAUUUGCGCUGGAAUUCUGGAACUAUCCACAAGAGUGCCAAGAAAAGCAACCGAUACAGAGCAUCGAUCUGGUCCGGUGUGUCAACGAACGGAUCGAGCUGGCCGAACGUUCCAUCUGCUCGCGUCCCCGCACGCUCAAGGUGGACAUCUUCGCCUCUCAGGUUGCCGCUCAGGCCAGCUGUAACAGCAGUGGGAUAGGAAGCUACAAGAGCACCGGCGCGCCAACGAGCCCCAACUCGCUCGGGGAGGCUCAAAGUACGGUUUCGGGCAGUGAGCGUAUUCGCGCCAUGUCUCCCACCGGGGGACGCAUCCGAAGCAAUAUCGUGUGCUUCCUGCUUGCCGCUGAUACCCAAGCCGACUUAAAACGCUGGCUAAGCGAGUUGAACCGAGUUGUGAAGUUUUUAAAAGAGUGGAAAAUCUAAAACUCCCUCAGUCGUACUGAACUUAUAGGACAAAUGGAGAAUUCUCGCAUAACAUACAUGAUUGUUUUCAUUUAGCUAUGAAACACAUUUUAUAAUACUUGUUCUAUUUUCAACUAGUUGUAUUUAACGAGUCACGAACUGA